AUGCCGUCCCCGCCGCCGCCGCUGCUGCUCCUCGCCCUGGUGGCCGCCGCCACCGCCAGGCCCAGCUGUGAGCCCGCUCGGGACCGCGCCGGUGGGUGCCACAGGCCGUCAGCUGAGGACAGCGCCAUCUGCGUGGACCUGCAGCUCCAGACCUGUGGGGACACCGCCUACAACCUGACCGCUUUCCCCAACCCAUUGAAGCACCGGUCGCGGGCGGCAGUGGAGUCCAGCUCCGAGUACCUCCUGCUGAGCGUCCUGCAUCACCUGCUAGAGGGCCAGUGCAACCCCGACCUGCGGCUGCUGGGCUGCACCGUGCUGGCUCCGCGGUGCGAGGGCGGCCGGGAGCGUAGGCCCUGCCGGCACGUCUGCGAGGGCCUGCGGGAGGCCUGCCAGCCCGCCUUCGACGCCAUCGACAUGGCCUGGCCCUACUUCCUCGACUGCUGCCACUACUUUGCGUCUGAGGAAGAGGGCUGCUACGACCCCCUGGAGCAUCUUCGGGGAGGCCUGGAGGCUGAUGAGGCGCCGCCCUCGGGCCUGCCACCCACCUUCAUUCGCUUUGCUCAUCACUCCUACGCCCAGAUGGUGCGCGUGCUGAAGCGCACGGAGGCUCGCUGCGCCCACGUGGCCAAGACCUACAGCAUCGGGCGUAGCUUCGAUGGCAAGGACCUGCUGGUCAUCGAGUUCUCGGACCGCCCCGGCCAGCACCAGCUGAUGGAGCCUGAGGUGAAGCUUAUCGGCAACAUCCAUGGCAAUGAGGUGGCGGGACGGGAGAUGCUCAUAUACCUGGCCCAGUAUCUGUGCUCCGAGUACCUGCUGGGCAACCCCCGCAUCCAGCGCCUGCUCAACAGCACCCGCAUCCACCUGCUGCCCUCCAUGAACCCGGAUGGCUAUGAGGUGGCCGCCGCUGAGGGUGCAGGCUACAAUGGGUGGACAAGUGGGAGGCAGAAUGCGCAGAACCUGGACCUGAACCGCAACUUCCCGGACCUGACGUCCGAGUACUACCGGCUGGCCGAGGCCCGCGGCGUGCGCAGCGACCACAUGCCCAUCCCGCAGCACUACUGGUGGGGUAAGGUGGCCCCUGAGACGAAGGCGGUCAUGAAGUGGAUGCGGACCGUCCCCUUCGUGCUCUCGGCCAGCCUCCACGGGGGUGACCUGGUGGUGUCCUACCCCUUCGACUUCUCCAAACACCCCCAGGAGGAGAAGAUGUUUUCUCCCACACCUGAUGAGAAGGUGUUCAAGCUGCUGGCCAGAGCCUACGCCGAUGUCCACCCCAUGAUGAUGGACAGGUCGGAGAACAGGUGUGGGGGCAACUUCCUGCAGAGGGGGAGUGUCAUCAAUGGAGCAGACUGGUACAGCUUCACGGGAGGCAUGUCCGACUUCAACUACCUGCACACCAACUGCUUUGAGAUCACAGUGGAGCUGGGCUGCAUGAAGUUCCCCCCCGAGGAGGCCCUCUACAUGCUCUGGCAGCACAACAAGGAAUCACUCCUGAAUUUCGUGGAGAUGGUGCACCGAGGCAUCAAAGGCGUGGUGAUGGAUAAAUUCGGCAAGCCAGUCAAAAACGCCCGGAUCUCGGUCAAAGGCAUCCGUCACGACAUCACCACAGCCCCAGACGGCGACUACUGGAGGCUGCUGCCCCCAGGGUCCCACAUCGUCAUCGCCCAAGCCCCUGGCUACUCCAAGGUCAUCAAGAAAGUCACCAUCCCUGCCCAGUUGAAGAGGGCUGGCCGCGUGGACUUCAUUCUCCAGCCUCUGAAAAUGGGACCAAAGAAAUUCCUUAAUGGGCUGCGGAGAACUGGGCCCGGGCUCCGCAACCCACUGGGAGGUGCUGGUUCCCAGGGAGAGAGCACGGAGCCCGGCCUCGAGCCCCUCGGGGCACGCAGGCAGCCCUCGGCCAGUGGGAGCAAGCCCUGGUGGUGGUCUUAUUUCACAUCGCUGGGCCCCCACAGGCCACGCUGGUUGCUCAAGUACUAG